UAAGCCUUCAAUAAACGCCUACUAGACGCUAGCACACAAAACGCGUCGUUUUUUCUCAUGCACAUUGUGCUGUGAUCCACCGAGGUGGUUUUUUCUCCCCAGAGCUCGGGAAAACCGAAAUCACGAAGCCGUCGCUGCUGCCACACAGACCCGCUGCUUUUCUUCCCCGUUCUGCCUAUUUACGUGUUUGUAGGUUGGAAAGGUUUAGGGCUUUAACACAGUUAUAGUUGUUGAAAAUCUUAAAACAUUAUGAUGAGACGUUCAGUUUUGAAUUGAUGAAUCGAUGCGAAGUUCAUUUAUGGGGCAGCCUCAAUUUGUAAUAAGUGGUUGUAAUCUGUUCAAUACAAAGGAUAGUGUUUGGGUGAAAGGGGGAUUGUUAGAAGUGAACAAUGCUAAUUCGGCUUCACAAACAAUCUUCAGAAAGUGGUGGAGGAGUGGUGAAGCCCUUGCCAGUGGAUGCUGUGACGGUUGCAUGCCCCGAUCACCUGGUACUUUCCGAUCUCCCUGUAGCUAAGGGUAUUGGAGCAGCUACUGCAGCUACUGUUGUAAAAACUGUGGGUCGCAGAUCCAGACGCCAGCUUGGUGAACGAGUCCAUUUCUGUGUCCGCUGUGACUUCCCGAUUGCUAUCUAUGGACACCUGAGCCCCUGCGAGCAUGCGUUCUGUCUUGAUUGCGCCAGGAGUGAUUCAAUCUGCUAUCUUUGUGAUGAACGCAUCCAGAAGAUUCAGACAAUUAAAAUGAUGGAGGGGAUCUUCAUCUGUGCAGCCCCUCACUGUCUCAAAUCUUUCUUGAAGAGGUCCAAGUUUGAAUCUCACAUUCAUGAGAACCACACCGACCUUCUACAGCCAAAUUCAGAGGAGAAUGGUAAUGAAUCAGAGGUUCAAAGUACCAAACAACAUUCAGCUUCAGAUUCCACAGUUCGAGCUUCCUCUAGGCUAGUCAUACCUGGAUCAAAUUCUCAGUUUCUUGAUUCAGAAGACAAAGCUCAUAGGCAGCAGCCUAGAGAACAGCCAUCUAGGCCAAUGAUGCAACCAAGACCUCCUUAUUUUGGUCAAGCUCAAAAUUAUUCAUCAGAUCCUCAGCCGGACAGCAAUCGUCCCCCUGGCAUUGACCGGCCUGGCAUCCAGAAUCAUUUCCAGCAAAGCAUGCAGGGUGGCCCACAACAAGAAUCCAACCAGUUUUCAGACAAGCAGCAGGGAAAUUUAUCUGAGACCCCAAUACCUGAAUACCCGCCUAUGCAUCCUAUUCAAUCUCCUAAUUUUGUUGUACCAAUGAAUUCUAAUCCACUGAUGACUCCUCAAUAUGGUCUACCUCCUUUCCAACCCGAGGGAGCUCAGCCAUUUUAUGGCGCACCCUAUGAGAUGGGACAGAUGGCUAGGCCAGAUUCAGACCCAGAAGUUGGAGCAGAACAAGGAUCUUUGUUGGGUUUCCCACCAGGUCCAGCAGGAGGUGUGAAUUUCAUGUCAAACUAUCCACAGCCCUGGAACUCUGGACCAACCUCAGGGGGUCAGGCAAUUCCAGAUGGUUUUCCAAACCGUUCAGAUUCUCGGGGAAAUGCUGCAUAUUAUCAAGGUGAUUAUGGACGGAAUCCAGGAGUUGUACCAAUGAUUCCUCCACCACCACCCUCUGCCAACAAGGGGAUGGAAGCUGCGCAGGGUGGUACAAUGGAUUCCAGGGAUGGCAAAGGUAUACUGGCACCACAGCCAUUUCCGCACCCGCCACCACCUCCACCCCCCUUGCCUCACUUAUCUCACCCUAAAGGAGGCAAGUACUACGCUGGUGAUAUGGAUCUUGAGGGACAGGGUUUUGGGUGGCAGCAUGAGAAUCGUGAUGGCUUUGGAAGUGGCCAGGAGUAGAGAAACUGUUGGUUUUUGCUCCUAAACCAUCUAUUUUUUGUACUGGACUUGUUUCGUCGAUCUGCUCUUUUUCUUCUUCUCGCUUUUGGUGGUUAGCCUUUUAUUCAAUUGAUCAGUUGGCUUAA